CCCUCAUGAGAUUCAUUUCCGUGUUACUAACUUGGGAGUAAAUAGGCAACUCUGACAAGUUGUUCUGAAAGUCAAUUAAAGUAUCUACUUAUUAAUAGGGUACAUGUACCGUUAGGUCAAAUAACUGACUGUCGACCGGUAGUAGCCACUCUGUAGGCUAGUGACUCACGACCGGUCCGACACGGCCGUAGGAUAGAAACUACCGUCAAUGGCAGACUCCCGAGAAGAAGGGGAGAAAACUGGCGAGGAAGAGCUCGGUGCUGUCGGCGGCGAAGAUGUCGUUGAUGACCGAAUUAUGGAACAAGGAGCAAUUGUUCUAAGAGGGUAUGUGGUGGGUAGGAUCACCUCUGAGCAUCCUGACAGACGGCUGUCCUCUGAGGACCUGGGGGGACGCCCCAACGAGCUCCACGACCCCGAGAUCAAAGAGGUUGUGGGCCAGCUGCUGAAAAUUGCGGACGAACUCAACAACAACGUAGAGCUGCAACGGUUAAUUGGCACCGUGCAAGCCAACUGUGCCCAGGAUGUCUUCUUCACGGUGGCAAGGAGCAUCUUCGCAGAUGGCAUUAACUGGGGCAGAGUGGUCGCCCUCUUUCACCUGGCUUACCGGCUCAUCUACAAUGCACUGACGCAAAAUCACUUUGACAUCAUCAGACGCAUCAUCUCCUGGGUUCUCCAGUUUAUCAGAGAAAACAUCUAUGGCUGGAUCAGACAGCAAGGGGGCUGGAGAGGCGUGGUGAGCACCAUAUGGACCUGGAGGACCGCCUCCCUUGUGGCUGCUGCAUCAUUUGUGGUUGCCAUGAUUUACUGGAGGAAAACCCACUGAGGUCAUCACAGGACGUGACCUCGCAGAGUUCUCAGUGCUUUUACAUUGUGCACCUCGGUUGGCAAAGAGAGACUCAGUUUGAAUGUUCUGGAAGAACUUUGGAAGAACAUCCUUCCUCCUGCUGUAGGCCUCUUCUAGGUGGUCAGUUAUUUUUUUAAGUGAUAGGGGAAGGCGGGAGAUAGUGAGGGGGAAGGUUGGAGGGAGAAAAUGGGGUCUAAUCCAUGCCCAACUGAUUUCCCCACCCCCUGGGCACACACAGACGCAUCACUCCAGCAAGAUAAUAUUGUAUAUGUUGUAAAUGUUUAGGAUGAAUUUAUAAUAAUUUGAUCUCUAAAGGGGCUUCAAUAGGUGUAGUAAUUAGACCUGUGAGAGUUUGCAUCAGGAACAAGAUAAACUGUCUUUAAAAAUUAACUAGAAAACUAGAAAAUACUUGUUUCUACUGUUUCUGGAAAUGCUGUUUACUGAAAAUGACCUGGGGAUUAUAUUUAUUGUCAAUUGUGUUUUUAAUGAAAUUCAGCUCUGGUUCAACAGAAGAGAAUAAUAACUAUAAUGGCGCUAAUCUUCAUUGUGAGACGUUAAUUGUGUUGUGUGUUGAUGUGAAUGGAAAUGGAACAAACUCAAAUACUCCCUUUCUGAUUUCAUACACUUGGUCAUAGCAGUGGUGGUUGUGCCCCUGCAAACCCCUCACUAAAAUGCAUGACUGUAUGUCUCAAAUAAAGAUCCUGUACUUUUAGAUGA